UACCAGAGCUCUUUAGAAUAUAAUAUAUCAGCCCUGUCUCUACUGUCUUCUUUUUUGUUUGUAUAGUUUCUAUUUCUCUCAGGGUCUCUACUGUCUUCCCUAGCUAGCUAGUUCCUACUCUGUUCUACUGCAUUCACCCAACUUUGACUUGAAGCAAGCUACAAUAUCUAUCGUUUUAUCUCAGGCUCCUCUACCUCCAGUAUUUGAUCGGAGCAGCGUUCAAGUCCAUAUAUGGCGGAAAAAGUGCCACGCGUGCCCACCAAUGAGGACACAGUUGCGAGCAUGAGCAAAGCGGCUGACCACCCCAAAGCCCUCGUAAGACCGCUGCGUUCUGCUUUGACGGAUUUAGAAUUUCCAACCACGGAUGGCGAUGAAGAUUCAUAUAUGGCGGACGAAUUAGCGUCUGACCACCGCGAAAUAAGGGAUCUAAAAUUCCCCCUGAGGCAAAUAUAGACUUUGGUCACCAUAAAAUGAGGGAGGCACUGAAUCUGAAUGUAACAGAACCAUUCGAUCAAAGACUGGUUGAGCAAAUAGGUGGCGAUGAAGGUUCAAGUAGCUUGCGCUUGUUCCUUCAGUUGUACGGCUACGCAACUCAGGGAAAGAUAGAUAGCUUUAAGGACACCAUUGAAAGGAAGCUUGAGGCCGAUAAAGCACAUGAUCCCAAUGCUAGAGUUUGGCUUCUGUCUGGCCUAAGCCCCCAUAAGAACACACUCCUUCACAUAGCUGCGAGCUUCGGCCAUGCGAAACUAGCAGCCGAGAUCCUAGACCUUCACAAGCCCCUUUUGUUUGAGAAAAACUUUGACGGAGACACUGCCCUCCAUAUUGCGGCCAAAACCGGGGAAUUAGAUACCACAAACACUCUUCUCCGUGAAGCCCGAGGCGUUGAUAAUAAUGAUCAUGAUGUAUCCAGGUUGCUGAAAUCGGUGAAUGUUGAGAUGAACACUCCCUUGCACGAGGCCCUGAUUCAUGGUCACCAAGAAGUAGCAAAGUGUUUGAUCGAGGCCAAUUCUGCCUUCCCUUUUGAUUAUAAUAACGAACAAAAGUCCUCUUUGUAUCUGGCCGCUGAGGAAGGGUAUGUUGAGAUCGUGAAGCUACUAAACAAAAGAGUUGAGCCAAAGACAGAAGUUCGUGUCCCUGGCAAGUCCCCGUUGCAUGGUGCAAUUCUAGGCCGCCGGAACAAAGAACUCUUAGAGAUAAUAUCAAGUAUGGAGGAAACGUUUAAGAGCCCAAAAGAUGAGGAAGGGAGGACUCCACUACAUUGUGCAGCAUCAAUUGGUUAUCUGGAAGGGGUUCGUUUCUUAUUAGAAAGACACCUCUCCGAUUCUCAACAGGUGGAUCAUGGUGGCAACUUUCCAAUCCAUUCAGCAUCAAGCAAAGGUCAUGUCAAUAUUGUUAAAGAGCUGCUUCGACAUUGUCCCGAUUCAAAGGAAUUGAAGAACUGUAAUGGCGAAAAUAUACUCCAUGUUGCAGCAAGAUGCGGCAAAGACAAUCUUGUCAAAUAUUUUCUCAAAAAGGGUGAGUUUCAAAUGUUGAUAAACCAAAAAGACAUGAAAGGAAAUACUCCUAUACAUUUGGCGGCGAUGCACCACCAUCCCAAGGUUGUCUACAGAUUGGCUUGGGAUACAAGGACAAACAUAAAGCUCUUGAAUGGUGGCGACAUGACAGCUCUUGACAUUACAGAAAGCACAUCGGAAACUAUUGCAUCAUAUCGUGGGGUAAGUUAGCACUAUAUCUACUUUUAUGACAUUACUGAUGAUGAUGAUUUUGGCUAUCAUUUCUAAGGGCAGUAUCCUUGUUCUAUUUAGUGUGUUGGGAACAAGUGCGCAUGAAUUCCAGUUUGGUAUAUUCUCAAAGAAAUUGAACAGACAACUAAAAGGAGUAAAAACUUGUCCUUGUAUGUGGAUUAGGUUAAAACUAAAAGAAAUUGAACAGACAACUAAAAGAAAUUGAACAGACAAAAUGGUAAAAACUUGGACAAUUUGAUGCUGAAAAAACUGAUGUAUCUAAAAGGGUGUCAGAUAAGAAAAAUACUUGUAAGUGAAUUAGUAGCUGCAUAACCAAGAGAGGCACAUGUCCAGCCUCUAAGGGCGGAUGCACAGAGGGCCAAAUAUGGUCAAGCGACCCCGUGAACUCCAUAAAUUUUCUCUACAAGCUCUGUCGGUGACCCCUUGAAAGUGGCCACCAACUGCUCGAC